UGAAUCGCGCAAAAGCAUCGAUUUGUUUGCAAUCCUCGUUUAGGACACAUAGCACUCACACCUGUAUCUCACCUCUUAUUUCAUCGAUUCAUCCGAAGAUUAGAUGGACGACAAGUCACCGAAAACUGAUUCCUUAUAUUCCUCUCAAUUGCUGCAAACCCUUGACUACAGUAACGCCGUCACCUCUCCGGCAAAGUUGGCUACAAAUCUCGUCUUAAGACCCCUUCAGUCCGAUGACUAUAAUCGAGGAUUCCUGGAUCUGUUGUCUCAGUUGACAAAAGUCGGAACAAUCGAUGAAAACAAAUUUCAAGAGCGUUUCCAUCAAAUGAAAAGUAAUGGCAAUUAUUACAUAACAGUUGUUGAAGAUGUGGACACAUCUCGUGUGAUCUGUUCCGCCACUUUGUUCACUGAAUACAAGUUCAUCCACAGCGCGGCGAUGAGAGGUCGUAUCGAAGACGUGGUGGUGGACAGUGAAUAUCGCGGCCAACGUUUGGGUCAUUUGAUUAUCGAAACACUCAAACUGAUGGCUCAGUCUCUGGACUGCUAUAAACUGACCCUCGAUUGCAGGGAUGAGAUGAUUGAGUGGUACACCAAACUCGGCUUCAUAGCCAUCCCCACCCGGUCUAAUAUGUUGACCAUUAGGUUCACUGAUUGACACGUAUUAUACCAUUACUUAACACCAGUUAGACAUCAAUUAG